AUGAUCAAUAAUAUUAUAACAACUUUUCCGCCAUUUAAGACAGUAUCUGUUGUUCUCUCUGACACUUCAACUAUCAAAAAUCUUGAAGACUAUUUAUCAGUAAUUUUUCCUUCUGGAAAUUAUCUAUUAUCACAUUUUUCUGGUAGACCAAUUUACCCUGAAGAAACUUUAAUAUCAUUGUUAAAUCAUAGCCAAUAUUCAAAUGGCAAAGAUUUUUGUAUGUUUAGGUAUGUUCCAAGGAUUUUAGGAGGCAAAGGUGGCUUUGGAUCUCAGCUUCGUGCAGCAGGAGGUCGUAUGAGUAGUAGGAAAAAGCGUGGUGAAGAAGAAAACAAGUUAAGUUGUAGGGAUUUGAAUGGAAGAAGAAUACGUAAAAUUAAAGAAGAAGAAGAAUUGGCAAAAUAUAUAGAAACCGCAUCAGUACAAAAACGUGAAAUUUUAGCAAAACGAAAACGAAGACUCCAAGCAAUUAUUGAUGCAAAGCCUCUUUCUCAAAGAAUCAAGUUUGAUGAUAACAAAUAUUUAGAAAAGAAUGAAAUGAUGAUUGAUGACGUAAAAAAUACAGUAAAAUUAGUAAUGGAGAAAUCAGAAUAUAAUUCAAAAAUAACAUCAAUGAAUGGCUUUAAUAUUACGGAUAAUCCUUCAAAUAUCAAUAAGGAACAAAAUACAAAUUCUAUAUAUUCGAAAGUGCUGAGCUUGUCGACGAGUAAAACUAGUAAAAGGGUUAAUAAAUGGGACGAAGAGUUUAUUUCUAGUGAUGAUAGUGAGGAGCUAGAGAUUAAAUAA